AGACUUUGUUUUCUCACAAGCAAUCCAGAGAGUUCCCAACAUCGGGUAGCUGAGAUGGAGCUUCUGGGGAUCUCUACUACUCUUCCUCUUGUGAUUUGUGUCACUUGCCUGGUUUUCCUUUUUGUGUGGAAGAAAAGUUAUGGAUGGGGAAGGCUCCCUCCUGGCCCAACUCCCCUUCCCAUCAUUGGAAAUCUGAUGCAACUAAACCUCAAGAACCUCCCUGCCUCUCUCUCCAAGAUGGCCAAAGAGUAUGGCCCUGUUUACACUCUGUACUUUGGACCCCAGCUGACUGUGGUCUUACACGGUUAUGAGGUGGUGAAGGAAGCUCUGAUUGAUCAGGCUGAUGAAUUCCUUGGCAGAGGACGUUUUCCAAUUAUUGAAGAUAACCAGAAAGGACAUGGAAUCCUCUUCAGCAAUGGAGAGACAUGGAAGCAAAUGCGGCGCUUCUCCCUCAUGACCCUGAGGAACUUUGGGAUGGGGAAGAGAAGCAUCGAGGAGAGGGUCCAGGAGGAAGCCCGGUGCCUGGUGGAGGAGCUCAGAAAAAUGGAGGCUCAGCCCUUUGACCCUGUCUUCGUCUUCGCCUGUGCUCCCUGCAAUGUGAUCUGCUCCAUCCUCUUCAAUGAGCGUUUCCACUACAAGAAUGAGACGUUCCUCUCCCUGAUGUAUUUGCUGACUGAAAAUUUUAAGCAAAUAAGCUCUCCAUGGAACCAGAUAUACAAUCUAUGGCCAACACUCAUAAGACAUCUCCCUGGAGAGCACAAAGCAUUUUCCAAAAGGCUUGAUGGUGUUAAAAAUUUCAUUCUGGAAAAAGUGAAGGCGCAUCAAGAGUCCCUGGACCCUAAUAACCCUCGAGACUACAUUGACUGUUUCCUCAGCAAGAUGGAGCAGGAGAAGCACAAACCAGAGUCUGAAUUUAACUUGGAGAACUUGGCUGUCUGUGGAUCAAAUUUGUUUACAGCAGGAACAGAGACAACCAGUAGCACCCUAAGAUGGGGACUCCUGCUCCUAAUGAAACACCCAGAAGUGGAAGCCAAAGUGCAUGAAGAAAUUGACCGUGUGAUCGGACGCAACCAAAGCCCCUGCAUGAAAGACAAGAUGAGGCUGCCCUACACAGAGGCCGUGUUGCACGAGAUACAAAGAUACAUCACCCUCCUGCCUUCUGAUCUACCCCAUGCUGUGACCCGGGACACAAAAUUCAAAAACUAUGUCAUCCCCAAGGGCACUACUGUAUUGCCAUUACUGUCUUCAGUCUUAUUCGAUUGCAAGGAGUUUCCUAACCCAGAGAAGUUUGACCCUGGCCACUUUUUGGAUAAAAAUGGCAGCUUCAGGAAAACAGAAUACUUUGUGCCUUUUUCCCUUGGGAAGCGGGCCUGUGCUGGAGAGGGCCUGGCGCGCAUGGAGCUCUUCCUGUUCUUCACCACCAUUCUGCAGAACUUCUGCCUGAAGCCCCUGGUGGAGCCGAAGGAAAUUGACACCACACCUGUUGUUACGGGGCUUCUCAAUAUCCCACCACCCUACAAACUAUGCCUCAUCCCUAGGUAAAAGAAGACCUUCUCUCUUUCAAAAUUUAAACCAAAGUAAUUGCUUUUUCCUCACUACCCCCCCACCCACCCCCAUCGUCUCUCUCUUAAUUUUAAAUACUGCCUAAGACAGAAACAUACUCACUAAAAACUUUUAUAGGGGUCACUAAAACUUGAUUUGUGUUAAUCUACAAAUCCCUU